AUGCCAGAAGGCAGUCAGAUUACACCAGUUGACAACAUUGCGCAUAGCGAUCAGAAACUUGAAGAGAAAGCACGCGAUUUGACUUCUAAGGAUGUCGUCCUCGAUCAAAAAGAGACCUUCCCAGAGACAUUUACGACAACAGAUCAAUCGAUUUGCGCUGUUCUGGUCACAAAACACAGUGCUGGGGGGCUGUCAGGGUUACUGGGGCUGGCACACCCCAACCAGUGCCAAACGUGGUGA